CUAGGGAAAAAGUUAAAAGGAAAAUAUUACUUAUAAUAAUUUAAUUAAUGUUUUACUAAAUCGAUAUGUAAAAAAUAUGCAGAGUGUAUUUUAUUGACGGUGAACGGAUGCAGGGGGAAAACAGUAUUGACGGAGUCUAAACACUGUUUUCAUAUGGACGGAGUCCAAAUUUAACAAUUUGGACUCUUGACCACUACAAAUGGUCUCAACAACUGCAAUUUUGGGGGUGUUUGGAACUGAUUCUGCUUCUGCUUCUUUUUUAAAAGCAGAAGCAGAAUCAGAAUCAGUUUUCAGAAGCUGGUACCCCCAGCUUCUAAAAAAACUGAUUCUGAGAGUAAAUUAGAGCUCCAGAAGUGCUUCUGGAAUUUCACCCAAACACUCCAGCUUCUGUUCCCUGAAGGAGCAGAAUCAGUUUUGAGAAUCAGAUCCAAACACCCCUUUAUCAAUAUACGCUGCUUUCACUACUUCAGCUUGCCUGAUCAGGUCAAUUCUGGGAGAGUUCAAAACAUUGGCUAACCAGCUCUUGCCCGGAGACCUCUUGGAAAAGCUACUUUCAAAAUUCGGAGUCCUAAUCUGCAACUUCUCCUCCCAAACAAUUCUCAUCAUUGAUGAAAAGAACGGCUAUACCCCAAAUGAAAUCUUCGAAGCAGCUGAAAUUUAUCUCACAACAAAGCUGAAGCCCGCGGCAGGACGGCUCAAAAUCUCCAAGGCGCCCAGUGAGAAAAGCAUCUCGUUCAUCAUUAGCAGAGAUGAGAAGAUUAGCGACUCGUUUGGUGGCGUGGAAUUAGUCUGGGAAUUGAGAGUCACUUCCAGUUCUUCACCAGGGAGUAGUACGGAACAGCAAAGAUCAUUUGAACUCUCCUUCAACAAGAAAUUCAGUGAAGUUGUUAUCAGCUCAUACAUACCGUUCGUUCUGGAAAGAUCAAAGGCCAUACAAGAAGAAAACAAAUGCGUGAAGCUGAUGGCGUUAGGCAACUACAAUAACGAUGAGGUUAAUCUGGAGCAUCCGUCCACUUUUGAGACCCUAGCCAUGGAUCCUGAAAUGAAGAAGGAAAUCAUCGAAGAUUUGGAUAGAUUUGUUAGCCGCAGAGAUUAUUACCGGAGAGUUGGGAAGGCGUGGAAGAGAGGGUACUUGUUGUACGGACCUCCAGGAACAGGGAAGUCUAGCCUGAUAGCAGCCACGGCCAAUUAUCUGAAAUUCAACAUCUAUGAACUAGAUCUCUCUAGCCUAAACAGCAACUCAGAACUGCAAAGGCAGCUUUCCUCUACUAAAAACAAAUCCAUCCUUGUGGUUGAGGAUAUUGAUUGCAGCAUUGAUUUGCAGAACAGAAGUCUUGGAGAUUAUUGCAGCAAGCAGAAUAAUGAUCAAAGCCAUGAACAGGUUAAAUUAUACUCCAUCACACUCAUUUUAUCCACACAAAUCACUAUUAAAAUUUUAUGAAAUUUGAAUUAUUUUUUGCAGGCUUUGUAGCGCUUUUAACCUAGUUUCUGAAUAAGUAAACUUUAUUUUCUAAAAUUAAUUUGAGUGUUGACAAGGAUCAAGUUGCUUUAUCAUCGGUCAAACAUCGUAAACCGUAAAAUGUCUUAUAAUUCGAGAUGGGGAGUACUCUCUAAUCUUUUAAGAGAUCUCCAUUCCCUUAAACAUGUUUUUAGUGUUCUAUUCAGGUCCCUACAAAGUAUGCGCUUGUUUCUUCCCAAUAGUAUGAUGUUAAGACUUGUUUCUUCCCAAUAGUAUGUUGUUAAGACCCGGGGUUCCAUCCUAAAAGGUCAACCUUUUAGGAGGAGUAGCCUGAAGAUUAAUAUGUCACUAUAAUGCUACUCAAUUUUCCUGUGUGUGACAUUUAACACCCUCCUCACGACCAGACACUUCGUCUGGAUCGUGUCGUCAUUCAUUUUUUCAUCGGUUCAUCAAUUUUUUCUAUUGUGUUGUCAUUUUUCAUAAGGGACCUCACACCAUGGAUCGAUCUGGCUCUAAUACCAAGUUAAGACCCGGGGUUCCAUCCUAAAAGGUCAACCUUUUAGGAGGAGUAGUCUGAAGCUUAAUAUAGCACUCUAAUGCUACUCAAUUUUCCGGUGUGGGACAUUUGACAUAUGCGCUUGUUCCUACUAUGUUUGGGACAAAGGAGUGUGACACAACACUUAAGAAAAAAUGGAAUUGUAUGAUUGGUAUUGAAUUGAUAAAGUGGGAAUAAAGUAAUAAUGAAUUGUAACCAUUCAAAAAUUAUCAAAUAUGAUACGAGACAAACAUAAUGAGACGAAAGAAAAAGGUAAAAUAACAAAGUUGGGGCAGAGGGAAUAGUACUUUCUUUCUGGGGCCAUUCUUUCUCUAGCAUUCAGUUUAAUCACAAAACAGUCACGUCUACAUAAUUUUGAUUAGGGGUGGGCAUAACGGUUUGGUUUAACCGAACCGAACCGUACCAAACCGAACUAAACCGAACCGAAACCGAACCGUAUGCAAUUUGGUUUUAGUUUGGUACUAUUUCUUUCAAACCGUAUUAAACUGAACCGAACCGAACCGAAACCGAUAAAAACCGAAUAAAACCGAACCGAACCGAACAACACACACACACUUUGUAUUUAUCUUCACUCUUCAUUUUAAGAUAUAAAUAAAAAAUUUAGACAUGAAAAUGCAUAUUUAAGCAUAUACUCGUAUUAUUUUAACUUUUACACAUUUCAAACAUUCAUUAUGACAAAGUUAGCUAAUACGACAUAUUUGUAUUUAUUAUGGUUGGCGAUAUCAAUAGCAAAUUGUAUUUCUAUUUCUAUUUCUAUUUCUGUGUGAGUCUUUGGUUUAGUUUGUUUCAAUUGGUUUAGUUUGUUUCAAUUGGUUUAGUAGGUGAAGGCAGGUUGUUUAAGCUAGGUUCUAGUAUUUCAUUUAGUUGGAAUUUCAAUUGGCGGGUUGUUUAAGCAUGUGAAGGCGGGUUGUUCAAUUGGUUUGGUGAAGGUUGGUUCUAGUAUUUCAUUUAGUUGGAAUUUCAAUGAAAACAAAACAUUCAAAAUUACUCAUUUACUCAAAGUGGAUUGUAACAUAUGAAACAAGACAUAAUCAUUUUCAAGUUUAUAAACCGAACAUCAAACCGAACACCAAACCGAACCGAACCGAAUUUUUCCCAAACCGAACCGAAACCAAACCGAAAUUCUUUUGGUUUGAGUUUGGUACUAUUUUCCUCAAACCGAAUAAACCGAAACCGAACCGAAACCGAUAAAAACCGAACCGUAAACCGAUUCGCCCACCCUAAUUUUGAUCUUGCAUAAUUUUGUACUCCGUAUUUCAUAGUCAUUGAAACCUAUAGGGGCUAUAGUAUAAUAAGUAAGGACAGGAGUACAUUUGUUGUCUACACUUUUUGUCUAUAUUCAUGCGUGUCAUGCAAUUACCAAUUAUUGGGUGUUAAAAGUUAAAUGUAUCCUUUCAACAUCCAAUAUUUGCUUCACACAUGAAAGUGGGCAAAAAAAAGGAAUAAAAAUACAUUUAUUAUAUUUAUUGUAUCAUAAAAAGUAAUUGUGAUGAGAACCGAAAAUAAUAAUCAAUGGUAGAAACCGUUGCCCGUAAUCAAAAGGUUGAAAUCCAUUUUUAUUAAUUGAUAAGCCAGAAUUAAUCCUAACAAGGGGUUUAAAUACCCAUCGACUAAUUCCCAAACUAGGAAACAGCAUCAUAGAAAUCCCAAUCAACUCCAAAUAGGAAACAAAAUUGUUGGGAUAUUAGGCCUUGGCCCGAUACAGGCCCAAAUAUCCCUGAAGGCCCAAAGUACACGCUGACCAGCAACAAAGAUAGCCACUUCAGGAUAGACAUCCGGCGGUCCCACACGAGAGUUGCCGUAUGGCCCAUUUCCCUCACUUGGGUCAUUCUUGCUAGUCCAGCAACCGCCCAAGCCAGGACUCGCCCAAUCAAUUGGCGAGAAACCUCAAAAUUGGCGAGAAGCGCAUUUAAUGCACUAGAUAUGGAAGAUUUUAUGGUGGGGGAUUCAUCCACUCAGGGUCGGCCACGUCACCCCUCCACCUACUUACUUGUAGUAUAUUUAUUUCAUUGUAAGGGACUAAGGGGUUAGCAACUUUGUACUCUUAAGCUAUGUUGCACGGAUACGGAUACGCCGAUACGCGGAUACGGGUACGGCGAUACGGCACUUUCAAAAAUUAUAGGAUACGGGUACGGGGGUAUAUUUAUAAAUAAUAAAAAUAUAGGGUAUAAUUUGCAAAUAUAUAUAAUUCAGGGGUUCAUAAAUAAAAUAAUAAUAAUAGUACAAAAAAUUAACUAUUAUAAUAAAGUUUCAAAGAUUAGUCUAAAAACUAAAGUAUUGAUAUUUUGAUUUAAAUUCAAAUAAUUGUUUUUUGUUCUCUAUUUGCAUUUACAUCCAAGUCUUGUUUCAAUUAAAUAUCAUCAAACAAUGAAAUGUCAAAUUAUAGUAUUUCAUUAUUUUUCAUACUCCCGAAACCAUCUUUAUCAAUGUUCCACAUGUUGUGGUCGCUUGGUUGGCUACUAAAUUUUCGUCAUGUCGUGUAUAAAAUGAGGGGUUAUAGGUUCAGAUACGCGUAUCGGUUCACGGAUACGGGUAUCGGAAGUAUCGGUAUUUUUAAAAUUAAGCCCGAUACUUUUAUUAAAUUACGGAUACGGACCCAAUACGUACAGGACGGGUAUCGGUGAGUAUCGGAUACGGAUACGUAUCGGAUACGCGAUACGGCAUUGAUGUGAAGUAUCGGUGCAACAUAGCUCUUAAGCAUUAGACUUCUCUCUAGCUUCGUCAAUAGCACUAGCUUAAUCUAGAGGGCCAGAGCUAGGGAUGGACCCGGUCUGCUUCCGGUCCUAGACCGGCCAGUUCUGGGUUGUAUUUAUGAAGAUCGGAACCGAACAUUGUUGGCUAAAGGGUCAAAUAGGCCCAUGUACCCGUCCGGAAUGCUCAAUUCGCCCCCUGAACUAAAAAAAGCUUCAAUUGACACCCUAAACUGGAUAAAAAGUUUCAAAUUUGACAAUUCAGAGGUAACCAUCCUGUCAGCGCCACGCCAUCAAAUCAUGUGCCAACUGUUCAUCUCAUGUUGCAACUGCAGGGGGUUAAAUAAGCCCCUAAAUCCAACCGAAUUGUUAAAAUCACUCCCUCAACCGUUAGAAAGUGUCAAAAUUACGAAAAAUAAAAAAUAAAAAAUAAAAAUAAAAAAUACAAAAAUAAAUAAUGUGCAGUUCGAAAAUAUUAAAUAUAAAAAUGAAAUAUUUGUAUUUUACAUUAAAUUCAAAAUAAAAAUAAAAUAUAAACUAAAAUAAUUUCUUUACCUUUAUUUUCAAAUAUUUUAUUUAUAUUGUAUAUAAAAAAAUGUGAAAGUUAUACGUACAAAUAUACAUACACACAUAUUU